CUGGAGAUGGGUGAUCCACUGUUCUGCUCACCGUGUCGCCAUAGCGUCGACGAUCUACUUUCCCGCAUUUUUCUCCUUGACCUAUCCCGGCUCCUGGCCCGAGAAGCCUAGUCAGGAACAGCGAAGGUAACGGUAACAGUAGCCCAUGGUUCUCGCUUAUGAGCAUCUAUAGCAUCCGAUCCCAACUGGGAUAUGCGGCUCAGUUGAAGCCGUUGGGGUCGAUAGGACCACUUCGUCUCCCGGACAAACGAUUUCCUGGGUCAUCAGACUCUCUAGCCUCUCCUCGGGGUCCUUGGUGUGCCUGCGUGCGUGCGCGCGCAGCCACUGAAUGGGAACACGGGCCCCCUGUCUUCAAUGGCCAUCUCGCGACGGCAUGCCCUCCUUGUGGUCCUUCGUACGUCCGGGAAUUAUCCUUGUGGUGGCAUGCAAUCCGACUCUGGGUUGGCUCGACGAGCGAUAAGUGGGCAACGAAGGAGGAAGCAAAAGGAUCUGCCACAACCAGAAACCACGAACUGCUACCUUGCAAAGCUGCUGCGGCUUUGCCUCAAUGCGGUCAAGACUCAAAUGCCACGCGCACAACCGCCUUCCAUGCCGUCACCUUGAGGACAUUAAGUACCACCUCAUGAUGCGCACGCAGCAUCCGCAGAGCAUGACGAGGCCACAAUGCUUCUCGCUUCAAAACGGCAGUUGCUUUCCAGCAAGAUACAGGUA